GCGUGAGGCCCGGUCGGCCCCGGCCCCCCCUUCCGGCCGCCCCCGCCUACCGGCCCACGCCCGCCCCGCGCGGCCCACCAGCGCCUCCACCGGGCAGGCGGCCCCGCGUCGACGUCGCCCGCUGCCUCGCUGCUGACUCCAGUCCCGGGCGCCGUCCGCGGGGUCGCGCUCCGCCGGGCCUGCGGAUUCCCCGCCGCCUCCUCUUUAUCUACCUCAACCCCCCAUCCCCGCUUCGCCCGAGGAGGCGGUUCCCCCCGCAGGCAGUCCGGCUCGCAGGCCGCCGGCGUUGUCACCCCCCGCGCUCCCCCCCCAGCCCUCCCCCCGGCGCGCAGCCUCGGACCGCUCCCCUUCUACGCUGCAUCCCGAGCGGCCCGGGCGCCGCCACCGCCUGUCCCCCCCGGAGGCCCGGGCUUGCGACGGCUGAGGGCUCCGUCGCCCCAAACCGAGCUGGGUGCCCGCGGCCCGGGUGCAGCCUCCACUCCGCCCCGCAGUCACCUCCGCCCCCGGCCCCUAGACGUGGCGCCCUUCCCUUGGCUUCUCUGUGCUCCCCGCGCCCCUCUUGGCAUCUGGCCCCGGCCCCGCUCUUUCUCCCGCAGCCUUCCCUUUGCUCCCUCCCGUCCCCCCCAGCUCCCAGCCUCAGACUCCCUCCCCGCCUCACGCCCGCCCUCUCGCCUUCGCAGAACCAAAGUGGAUUAAUUACACGCUUUCUGUUUCUCUCCGUGCUGUUCUCUCCCGCUGUGAGCCUGCCCGCCUCUCGCUGUCCUCUCUCCCUCUCGCCCUCUCUUCGGCCCCCCCCUUUCACGUUCACUCUGUCUCUCCCACUAUCUCUGCCCCCCUCUAUCCUUGAUACAACAGCUGACCUCAUUUCCCGAUACCUUUUCCCCCCCUAAAAGUACAACAUCUGGCCCGCCCCAGCCCGAAGACAGCCCGUCCUCCCUAGACGAUCAGACGAAUUCCUCCCCCCCAAAAAAAAGCCAUCCCCCCGCUCUGCCCCGUCGCACAUUCGGCCUCCGCGACUCGGCCAGAGCGGCGCUGGCAGAGGAGUGUCCGGCAGGAGGGCCAACGCCCGCUGUUCGGUUUGCGACACGCAGCAGGGAGGUGGGCGGCAUUGUCGCCGGCUUCCAGGUACCAAUGGGAUUCCCAAUGGGGAAGUCGAUGCUGGUGCUUCUCACCUUCUUGGCCUUCGCCUCGUGCUGCAUUGCUGCUUACCGCCCCAGGGAGACCUUGUGUGGCGGGGAGCUGGUGGACACCCUCCAGUUCGUCUGUGGGGACCGCGGCUUCUAUUUCAGCAGGCCCGCAAGCCGUGUGAGCCGUCGCAGCCGUGGCAUCGUCGAGGAGUGCUGCUUCCGCAGCUGCGACCUGGCCCUCCUGGAGACCUACUGUGCCACCCCCGCCAAGUCCGAGAGGGACGUGUCGACCUCUCCGACCGUGCUUCCGGACAACUUCCCCAGAUACCCCGUGGGCAAGAUCUUCCAAUACGACACCUGGAAGCAGUCCACCCAACGCCUGCGCAGGACUCUGCCUGCCCUCCUGCGCAACCGCCGGGGUCGCGUUCUCACCAAGGAGCUCGAGCUGUUCAGGGAGGCCAAGCGUCACCGUCCCCUGACUGCUCUGUCCACCCAAGACCCCGCCCACGGGGGCACCCCCCCAGAGAUGUCCAGCAAUGAGAACUGAGAAAAACUGCCUGCCACAAGUCUGCAGCCCAGCACCACCACCUUCCUCCUGACCACGGACGUUCCAUCAGGUUCCAUCGCUAAAUCUCUCGGUUCCACUUCCCCCUGGGGCUUCUCCUGACCCCAGCCCCCAUGCCCCGUCUCCCCAAAAACAGGCUACUCUCCUCUGCCCCCUCCAUCGGGCUGAGGAAACAGCAACAUCUUCAAAAAUGUACAAAAUCGAUUGGCUUUAAACAUUCUCUAUGCCCCCAUCAAAUUAUCCCCACACAUAAAAAAUCACAUCAAACUAACCCCUUCCCCCUACACACAACGGCCCUCUUAAAACUAAUUGGCUUUAUAGAAACACCAGCAAAGCUCAGAAAUUGGCUUUAAAAAAAACCCAACAACCAAAAAAUCAAUUGGCUAAAAAAAAAAAAAAAAAAGAAAAAGAAAAUUGGCUUGGAAACAGCUGGCAAGACAAAGGAACUUGGCCAGAUCCCCCUUCUCCUCCGAGGACUCGGAGUCAGAUCGGACUCGAGUCCCUGCACCAGCAAAGAGAAAAGAGCGGCCCCAGAAAUCACAGGUGGGCAUGUCGCUGUUACCACCAUCUCCCUUCUAAUCGGGCCACCCCAGUGCAGGGACAGCCCAGCUAGCCCUCACUCCUUUUCCAUCACCCAACAUCACGGAGCAGCCAGAGGGACCCAGUGAGACCACAGGAGGGGAGCACAGAGCAUGAAAACCCAAAUCCACACAAUUUAAUUGGCCCAACCCCCACCCCAAAUUUCCAUCUCAAUUCCCAUCCUAAAAAGCACUCACACCUUAUGCAUCCCUGCAGCCACACGCACACAGCACACAAACACACACAUGCACACACACACGCUCACACACGAACACAGCACGCACAUGAACACACACAUGCACACACAAGCACCCACCUGCACACACACCUUAGCUUUUAUGCGCUCACAUGCACACGCCUGUGCACACACCUUAGCUUUUAUGUGCUCACAUGCACACACCUGCACACACACCUUAGCUUUUAUGUGCUCAUAUACACAGGCCUGCAUACACACCUUAGCUUUUAUGCGCUCACAUGCACACACACACAUGCACACACACCUUAGCUUUUAUGCGCUCACAUGCACACACAGACAUGCACACACACCUUAGCUUUUACACGCUCUCAUGCACACAUCUGCACACACACCUUAGCUUUUAUGCGCUCACAUGCACACACAUGCACACACACCUCAGCUUUUAUGUGCUCUCAUGCACACACCUGCACACACACCUUAGCUUUUAUGCACUCACAUGCACACACCUUAGCUUUUAUGCGCUCACAUGCACACACACACCUGCACACACACCUUAGCUUUUAUGCGCUCACAUACACACACACACCUGCACACACCUUAGCUUUUAUGCGCUCACAUGCACACACACACAUGCACACACACCUUAGCUUUUAUGCGCUCUCAUGCACACACCUGCACACACACCUUAGCUUUUAUGCGCUCACAUGCACACGUCUGCACUCACACCUUAGCUUUUAUGCGCUCACAUGCACACACACAUGCGCACACACAUGCACACACACCUUAGCUUUUAUGCACUCACAUGUACACGUCUGCACACACACCUUAGCUUUUAUGCGCUCACAUGCACACACACGCGCACACACAUGCACACACACCUUAGCUUUUAUGCGCUCACAUGCACACACACAUGCGCACACACACAUGCACACACACCUUAGCUUUUAUGCGCUCACCUGCACACACACAUGCACACAUACACAUGCACACACACCUUAGCUUUUAUGUGCUCACAUGCACACGUCUGCACACACACCUUAGCUUUUAUGUGCUCACAUGCACACACAUGCACACACACGCACCCACCUGCGCACACACAUGCACACACACACGCACCCCCGUACAAUUGGAUGAAAUCAAUAAGAAUAUCUAAGCAACUCUAAUGUCUGUCCAGAUCAGGCCAAAGUCCAUCUAAGAUUCUCCAAGCUGUUUUCCUGCUCUGAGCCCCCCCUCCCGUCCCCAUCUCCACUGCCCCUCAGCCCGGUCUGUGCCCUGCCUCUCAGAGGAGAGGGCUCAGAUGGCGGGGCCUGAGUGCCGGCCGGCGGUGGUUUGGGAUGCCCCCAUCGGGUGGAAGGGGUGUGUUCCAGGCCGAAUUCCAUCUUGCCACCAUGAGAGAGGUGCCCUUGCGAGGCUGGCCUCCUUGGCGCCUGUCCCCAGAGUCCCUGCAGUGUGAGCCACGAUGCUCCCCAUCCCCCACCCACCCCGAUACACCUUCCUUAUUGUGUGUCGACACAGCCAGAGUGAGAAGAGUGGCCACAGUGGAGAUGAAGGUAGCCCAGUAGACAUGCCCUCUUGCCCCCACGAGUAGCCUGACUCCCUCGUGUGCUCCUGGAAGAAAGAUCUUGGGGUCCUCCCCACCGGAACACACCUAGGGAUCAUCUUUGCCUGUCUCCUGGGAGCCCUCCAGAAAUGUGGGGUCCCCAGGGGCCGGGCACUGAUGCGGGGAGUGGGAAGUCUGGCGGUUGGCGGGGCGGGUGGGGGGCAGUGGGGGCUGGGUGGGGGGAGCUCUGGGGUAGGAAGUGGUCCCGAGAGAUUUUGGCCAGAAAAGUCAGGAGGAGCGACAGCAGACUUGCAGAAUUAGAGAAAUUAGGACCCCCCCAAAUUUCACGUCAAUUGAUCUAUUUCCCCUCUUUAUUUCUUGGGGCAUUUUUCCUUUUUUUUUUUUUUUGUUUUUUUUUUUGGACCCCCUCCUUAGCUUUUAUGCGCUCAGAAACCAAAUUAAACCCCCUCCCUAUGUAACAGGGGGGCAGUGACCAAAGCCAGAACGUACGAAGCCAGCCUGAAGACCACCACGUCCUGCCCCCCGCCAUUUAUCGCCCUGAUUUGAUUUUUGUAUCUUUCCCUGUUGCUUGUGUUGGGUUGAGGGUGGAGCCUCUGGGGGGGUGCCAGCCACUGCGCCCCCUCGGAGAAGUCAAAGGGGAGUGGAGAAGGCCGCUGCCUGGCCUGGCCUCAGGGGACAGUGGCUGGUCCCCGGAGGUCCUGAGGGCGGAGGGGGGGGUGGGGCAGGGUCUCCUCAGGUGUCAGGAGGGUGCUCGGAGGCCACAGGAGGGGGCUCCCGGUUGGCCUGAGGCCGGCUGGGGGGGAAGGGGCUGCAGGUGUGUGAACAGAGGACUCCAUCAGGCUGGGGCAGGGUGGCCGCCUUCCGCACACUUGAGGAGCCCUCCCCUCCCCUUCGGUGACAUCUUGCCCGCCCCUCAGCACCCUGCCUUGUGUCCAGGAGGUCCGAAGCUCUGUGGGACCUCAUGGGGGCAAGGCAGGGUGAGGUCGGGGAGUAGGGAGGUCAGACAGGUCUAGCCCGCAGAGCAGGAGAGCUGCCAGGUCCCGCCAUCGACCAGGUUGCUUGGGCCCCGGAGCCCAUGGGUCUGGCAGUGCUGCAGCAGCCACCACCUCGGCGCCUAGGGCUGUGGCAGGGACUCGGCGGCUGGGAGGUUUACCUCGCCCCCACUUGUGCCCCCAGCUCAGCCCCCCUUCACGCAGCCCGACUAGCAGUCUAGAGGCCCAAGACUUCUGGGUCCCAGUGACGGGGCUGGCAUGGCCCUGGGGGUCGUCCAUGCCAGCCCGCCCCGGGCGCAGAGGAUCCCUCGGCAAGCGCCCUGAGAGCGGGCCAUUUGGAACAUUGGGCAGAAACCAAAAAGCCAAAUUGUCACAAUUGUAGAACCCACAUUGGCCUGAGAUCCAAAACACUCCGAGGCACCCCAAAUUACCUGCCCGCUCGUCGGGACGCCCACUCACCCAGUGUUAAGUUCUGCCUCGACGGGUGGGUGCUCCUGGGGGCCUUGCCGACCAGCCCCUCGCGUCCCCAUGUUUGCGGCUCUCCCCCAGGCCACUCACCAUCCUGGCCCGGGCCGCCUGUCUGAUCUCCACGCCUGUUGUGGCUUUCCAUCUCGUCUCCUCCCCGUGUCCCCAAUGUCUUCAGCGGGGGCCCCCUCUUGGGUCCCCUCCUCUGCCAUCACCUGAAGACCCCCACGCCAAACACUGAAUGUCACCUUGCCUGCCGCCUCAGUCCACCCGGCGGCCCGUGUUUGACUCAACUCAGCGCCUUAACGCGAAUAUUUCUGGCAAAAUCCAGUUUUGGGUUUUGUCUUUAACCUGUAACGCUUGCAAUCCCAAUAAAAAGCAUUUAAAAUUA